ACUAUGUGUUCUGUGUCUUCUUGCUCUCUCGUUUGUCUUCCCUGGUGUUGGGGUUAGUUGGAUAUGUUAUUGUAGAGUACUUGCCACCACUAGUAUAGAACUGGGCUAAAUGUCCCACCAAUUAUUGCAGUAAUACUAAUACUAGUAGCCAGUGGAGAAGAUGCAAGUUGAGACGCUGAUCCAGCACUGCUUGGUGGUGUUGGCCAGUAUACUGACAGUUGCAUGGACAAGCGCUACACAAGAGGACCUGCUGCGGCUGUAUCACUACACAUUGGUACAUGGUGAUCCAGCGCCCCCACCAGCAGGUGCCACGAUGGAAGAGGUGAUAAAGCUUGACCCGGACGACAUUCAUUCCGCUGCCCUUAUCCCUAUACCCCGUGAUAAGGAUGAUCCGCGUUACGUUCAGAGCUUCAAUCUGGAUGAGGCCGAAGCGUAUCGCACGUUUUUCAAGCAGCACGGAUUCGUCGUGAUCCGCGAUGCCAUUUCCCAGGAAGCCUGCAAUCAGUCUAUUGAUGAGAUGUGGGAGUACAUUGAAGAUCGGGGCUAUGAACUUCACCGAUGGCUGCCACCCAUGAUGGUGGAUCAUGUUAACAGGCUUGUGACGCCUGACCAACUUGGAAAGGUGCUGAACAAGUCACGGAUACGCCGCGAUGACCCCUCGUCGUGGAGCAAUGACUGGCCGCCCUUGGAUGGAGCUGGCAUUGUAGGUGCGUUGCCCGUCUUCACCCGCCAAGCCCUUCUAAACCGUCAGAAUCCCAAUGUGUACGAGGCUUUUGCCAACAUCAUGGAGCGCAAGGAUCUGAUGGUCAGUCACGAUCGCCUGGGCCUGUUCCGUCCGCUGCGCAAUGCCAAGAACCGCUUGGUCAAGCCUCGCAAGAAGUGGAAGACGGCAUACUCCUUACACUGGGAUCUAAACCCGUGGCGUCACACGCUGGACGACGACCUUGUAAUGGUUCAGGGUACUCGUGAGGCACAGCGCUCCGUCGCCGAUCUGAAGUAUAUCGAUCCGAAUGACUUCUUUCUGGAGAACAACGAGAUUGGCAUGGAGAGUGAGCCUCAGGUGAACACGCAGGGAAUGUUGAAUCUUGCUGACAACCUAGAGGAGGAUGGCGGCUUUCACCUUGUCGUGGGCUUUCACAAGGAGCUGGCCAGUUGGUCCAGGUCAACGCGCGACCUGAUAGCCCAGUACUUUAUGGACAAGAACUUUAUACCUGUGCAUGGCCAUGAUCCCAUGUACAAACAGCCCCAGAGAGUACCUAUGCGUGCUGGCAGCUUACUCAUCUGGGACCAGCGUGUGGCGCACGGCAGUCGGCCCAACAACAGCACGCGAGCAAGGUAUGUUCAAUUUGUAAAGAUGUUCCCAUCCAUCAACCUCCGCUCAGAACGAGCUAAGUAUCGUGGACAGCUUAUCAAGGACAAGGUUGAACUAGCCGGUGUCGACUUGACUGACCUGGGCAAGAAGCUGUUUGCCCUCAAGGCAUGGGCAUCCGCGGACCCGAAGGUGCCCCGCGCCAAGGCUAAGAAGAAGACAUAGACUGCUCCUCCAUCAAUUAGUCGUGUUUCUUCUGUCAUGUACGUGUUCGCAUGACUCUUUGUACAUUAAAAGUUGAGUGCCUCGUUUUAUGUGCUUGUUUAAAUCAUGUUGUACACACUCCGAUGGGAGUAUGAUAAUGUAGUCAUCUAGGACGGCGGGCCUGUCCCUAGUGUUCCAAGUGCAUAUUGACGCUAACCUCCAAUGUUAUAUCCAAAGUAUCAGAUCUGCACUUUUGCACAUAAAACUGGUGUAUAUCUUUCAGUGUUGACUCACUACCCUACUACUACCAACCA